AUGACUGAUCAAAAGGUUUCACUUUCCCGUAUUUUCAAACAAAAGCUAUUGAAAAAGAAUGAUAUCGACAUAACCGAGUUCAAUGUCACUGAAGCUAUUCAUCAUGAAGUACAAACUUUAGCACAAGAAGGGCUCAAAGAGAAAGACCUAGUCGAGAGUUUGCCCGGACAGCCAAGUAAGGCUAGAUUUAAACAAUAUGCAGGAUAUGUCACUGUUGAUCAAAAGGCCGGCCGAGCCUUCUUUUAUUAUUUUGUGGAAGCUCAACAUUCUCCAGAUAAAUCGCCCCUUCUUCUCUGGCUCAAUGGAGGUUCAUGGACCUGGAUGUUCUUCUUUAGAUUUCCAGAAUAUAAAGAUAGGGAGUUUUAUAUUGCUGGUGAAAGUUAUGCUGGACAUUACGUGCCUCAGCUAGCGCAAACUAUUAUGCAUCAUAAUAAGAGGCCUAACAACACUAUCAUCCAUCUUAAAGGAGUCAUUAUUGGAAACGCUGUAAUUGAUGACGAGGCGGACACCAUAGGACAAUGGGAAUAUGUUGGAAGUCAUGCUUUGAUCUCAGAUGUUACCACAAGUAAAGCUCUAAAAUAUUGUAAUUUUUCUCACUUAGCAACCACACAACCUCGUGAAUGCGAAGAAGCUGUUGAAGAAUCUGGCAAAGAGAUUGGUAACAUUGAUUUCUACAAUAUUUAUGCUCCUUUAUGCACAAAACCCAGCCUCACGAAGAAGAUUUCA